AGUGAUUGCGGGGCGUGAAUUUGAAAUAAAAACAACGUGCUCAGCGCAUUCGAUUUGCGGCUUAAACUUGUUUGUUUUUUUAGUGUUUUAGAGUAUAAAAUGACAAAUUUAUGUGUUAAAUACUAAGCGUAGUGUUAAAUAUACGUGUGUUUUAUAGUAAUAAGACUUAAAUGCUUAAAUUCAUCAAUGAAAUAAUAAAAUUAACAACCUUCCAAAUAACAAACCGACUGCGUUUAUUAAAAGCUCCAAGACCCGCGUUUGUGUUUGCAAAUCAGUGUAAAAUGGCUGAUGUUUCUUCUAAGAUGAAAAGCGAUAUGAAUUUGGGUGAAAAUCCAACUAAAAAACUUAAAUUGACUUUAAAUGAUGUGGCUACUAGAACUGUAGCCACCAUGUGUGGUGCUUGGAGACCAGAAGAAGAAGAUGGAGGCAUGGUUCUGGUGUUCCAGACUAGGAAACCCUGCCUGAGCCCGGACCCUGAAAAGGAAUCAGACUUUCCGGAGAAUGUGGAGGACUUUUGGGAUGCGGCUUUGCACUGCAGUGGCGAUGAACAGGGAGAAAAGGAUAGCGGCAAAAACUGCAUACUGUCGUGCGAGAAGAGAAAGGCGGAUGACACAGACAUCAACAAAGACUUGAAAAAGGCAAAGUUAGAGACCAAGGCGUUAAAGGCGAAAAGGCCGGGAUUCACGGACGACCGUUACAACGAGACUUCUUAUUACAUCGAAAAUGGCCUCAGAAAAGUAUACCCCUACUACUUCACAUUCACCACAUUCACAAAAGGCCGGUGGGUCGGCGAGAAGAUCCUCGACGUGUUCGCGCGCGAAUUCCGCGCGCACCCCGCGGCCGAGUACGAACGCUGCAUCCGAGCGGGCACGCUGACGGUCAACUAUGAGAGGGUGGAUCCCGAUUAUAGGCUGAAGCAUAAUGAUCUGCUCGCUAAUGUUGUGCAUAGGCACGAGACUCCGGUGCUUGCCUGUCCCUUGCGCAUCAUACACGCUGACGACGAGCUGCUCGUGUUAGACAAGCCUUGCUCGCUGCCGGUGCAUCCGUGCGGGCGAUACCGACACAACACGGUUGUAUUCAUUCUGGCCAAGGAAUAUAACUUGAAGAAUCUGAGAACCAUACAUAGACUGGACAGGCUAACAUCAGGGCUGCUCUUAUUCGGCCGGAGUCCAAAGAAGGCGAGACAGAUGGAGCAUCAGAUAAGAAACAGACAGGUGCAAAAGGAGUACGUCUGCCGAGUCGACGGCGAGUUCCCUGAAGAGGAGAUAGAAUGCCUAGAGGCGAUAGAAGUAGUGAGCUACAAGAUAGGCGUCUGCAAAGUGUCAGCAAAGGGCAAGGACUGUUCAACGGUGUUCAAGCGGCUUGGCUUCAACCCCCGCAGCAACACCAGCGUGGUGCUGUGCAAGCCCAAGACCGGCAGGAUGCACCAGAUCAGGGUGCACUUGCAGUAUCUAGGUUACCCCGUAGUGAACGACCCCCUCUACAACCACCCAGUCUUCGGCCCCCUCCGUGGCAAGGGGGGUGACACCGGUGGCAAAACAGACGAGCAGCUGGUUCGCGAUCUCAUCGCCAUACACAACGCGGAGAACUGGCUUGGGGUUGAUGCGGCUGAUGACGACAUGUUGUUUUCGAAACCAGUGCGUGACGAUAAAGGUGUUGAAGAUGACUGCGACACUGGGCCAACGUCCAGAGAGUCGUCUCCAAGACUGGAGUCCCCAGCACCAGGAGUGACACCUUCCACUGUCAUGACGCCGACCCUCCCAAGCCCUUCAAGCGCAGCAGAGGCGCCCUUGGACUCGUCACCGGCAGUCUGCACCCUCGCGCCCUCGCCCACGCCUUCUGCGGCUAUGAACGAUGACUCUAGUGAUGCCAAGUCGGACAAAGUGACAGUGGCAACCCAGACGGGUUGCGCGGCAACUGCGACGAGUUCCGUCAGCUCGGCCAGCAGUUCCACGGACGCCCUGUCUACCGACCCGCACUGCUACGAGUGCCGAGUCCGCUACCGCGACCCGAGGCCCAGGGACCUGGUCAUGUAUCUGCACGCUUGGAAGUACAAGGGACCCGGCUGGGAGUACGAGACAGAGCUGCCGCAGUGGGCGAGCGUGGAAUGGGACGAGCCGGAAAACUCAUAGUCACACGAACUGACACCACUGCGGAGGCGCCUCGCCUGUUCACUCUACAUCAACCACAGACCGAGGAAAUUUAAAGACUAAAUCAAGGUCAAUGGGUAAAGACCGUCUGCGAGGCAAGACCGUCCACGCAAAAUU